AUGGAUUCAAGAACCGUUGGUAUAUUAGGUGGUGGCCAGUUAGGUCGUAUGCUUGUCGAAGCAGCUAAUAAAUUGAAUAUUAAAACAGUAGUAUUAGAUGCUGAAAAUUCACCUGCUAAACAAGUUUCAAAUUCAACAGAACAUCUUGUUGGAUCUUUCUCUAAUCCUAAUGAUAUCAGAAAACUAGCCUCUAAGUGUGAUAUUUUAACUAUUGAAAUUGAACAUGUUGAUGUUCCAACAUUAAAAAGUUUGAAGGAUGAAUUCCCUAAAUUACAAAUAUCUCCAUCUCCAGAAACGAUUGAAUUGAUUCAAGAUAAGUAUAAACAAAAGGAAUUUUUAAUAAAAAAUAAGAUUCAAGUUGCUGAAAGUGUAGCAAUUACAAAUCCAACAGAGGAAUCAUUACAAUCUAUUGGUAAAAAAUUUGGCUAUCCAUUUAUGUUAAAAGCAAGAACAUUUGCCUAUGAUGGUAGAGGUAAUUUUGUAGUCAAAAAUGAAUCUAGUAUUCCAGAAGCUUUAGAAGCCUUAAAGGGAAGUAAAUUAUAUGCUGAAAAAUGGGCUCCAUUUGUUAAAGAAUUAUCUGUCAUGAUUGUUCGUACUUUAGAUAAUCGUGUUUACGCUUAUCCAGUUGUUGAAACUAUCCAUAAAAAUAACAUUUGUCACUUAUGUUAUUGUCCAGCAGAAUUACCUAAUUCAAUUCGUUUGAAAGCAGCCUUAUUGGCAGAAAACGCUAUCAAAGCAUUUUCAGGCGCAGGUAUAUUUGGUGUAGAGAUGUUUUUAUUAGAUAAUGGUGAUAUAUUAAUUAAUGAAAUUGCACCAAGGCCACAUAAUUCAGGUCACUAUACUAUUGAUGCAUGUGUCACAUCUCAAUUUGAAGCUCAUUUGAGAGCUAUCUUAAAUUUACCAAUUCCAAGAUCAUUUUCCAAGUUACCAACAAAUAAUACUACUAUAAUGCUUAAUCUGUUGGGUGAUAAAGAUGUACCAAAUGGUGAAUUAAAGAUUUGUGAACGUGCUUUACAGACUCCCGGUGCUUUUGUAUAUUUAUAUGGUAAGGAGUCUAGACCCGGCCGUAAGGUAGGUCAUAUCAACAUUGUCUCCUCAUCUAUGCAAGAAUGUCAAAGAAGAUUAGAUUAUAUCACUGGAAAAUCCAAUAAACCAGUCGUUAUGACAGCUGUUGACCAGUUAAAAAGUAGAGAAACCGUUAAUCCUUUGGUUGGUAUAAUCAUGGGCUCUGACUCUGAUUUACCUGUAAUGUCUGCUGCAUGUAAAGUCCUUGAGGAUUUUGGUGUACCAUUUGAAGUCACUAUUGUAUCAGCUCAUAGAACACCACAUAGAAUGUCACAAUAUGCAACGGAAGCGUCAGAACGUGGUAUUAAAGUCAUUAUUGCUGGUGCUGGUGGAGCCGCACAUUUACCAGGCAUGGUUGCUGCUAUGACUCCACUACCUGUCAUUGGUGUGCCAGUGAAGGGCUCUAAUUUAGGUGGUGUUGAUUCCUUGCAUUCUAUUGUUCAAAUGCCUAGAGGUGUGCCAGUUGCUACAGUUGCAAUUAAUAAUAGUACUAAUGCUGCUCUUUUGGCAGUGAGAAUAUUAGGUGCUUUCGAUAAUCAAUAUUUUUAUAAGAUGCAGAAAUUCUUAUUAAAGCAAGAAGAAGAAGUUCUUGAAAAGGCUGACAAAUUAGAAACGAUUGGUUAUAAGGAUUAUUUAUCUUCUAUGUAA